AUGCACCGCGGCGGCGUUUGAAUGGCGCAGGCUCCGGGCGCCGGGCCCCGGCAGUAGCGCUCCCGCCGCUCAGCCCGCCCGUCCCGGCCCCGAACAUGAGCAGCGGGGAUUUGAGAKAUUAUGGCAUCUGAAGCUCACAAUGUUAAAAAACAGAAAGUAUUGCAUAUUGAAGGUCAUCGCAUUGAUCUCCCCAGAAAAAGAAACUCUUCUUCCACUAAAAAGAUCAUGAAGGAGGGUAAGAAAUCUCCAAAACAGCUGGCUUCAUACACAAACAGAAUAACAGUUGGAAAAACGGUGACCAGUCCCCUCUCUCUUUUCAAAGUGGUAUAUUGUAAAAGAAAAGUUCAUUGUUAUACUCCAAAGCCUUGUUACAGAAAGAAACUGUGCCCUAAAUCUAGGGGCUGUGACAUGGCAAAUAAAGAAAAUGAACUGGCUUGUGCAGGGAAUCUGCCAGCAAAACUUCACAACAGUCGUACACACUUGCUGAAUUCUAGUGACUCUGGCUCAUCUCAAACAGAAGGCCCCUCAUCCAAAUACAGUGGAUUUUUUUCAGAGGUUUCUCAGGACCAUGAAACUAUGGCUCAAGUUCUUUUCAGCAGGAAUCUGAGAUUGAACGUAGCUUUAACCUUUUGGAGAAGGAGAAGUAUAAGUGAACUGGUAGCCUACUUAGUGAGGAUACAAGAUCUUGGAGUAGUAGUAGACUGCCUUCCUGUGCUUACAAACAGUUUACAGGAAGAAAAACCAUAUGUUUCAGUUGGCUGCUGUGUAGAUCUUUUGCCUUUAGUGAAAUCUCUGCUUAAAAGCAAAUACGAAGAAUAUGUAAUAGUUGGUUUAAACUGGCUUCAGGCUGUCAUUAAAAGAUGGUGGUCAGAACUGUCUGCACAUACAGAAAAGGCAGAAGAUGGAAAUAUUCAUAUUUUAAAACAGCAACUAAGUGUUUUGUGGGAACAGGAGAAUCAUCUUACUCUGGUUCCAGGAUAUACUGGUAAUAUAGCUAAGGAUGUAAAUGCAUAUUUAUUGCAGCUACACUGACAUGAUGGGGAAACUAUGUGUGCUUAUGUGGUGAAACAAUCCCCUAAAGUAUCCCUGAAAUAUGUACUGAAAGCCUUUUGAGAAAUACUGGCAGAAGAGAACUGAACUGUCAAGCUGUUUAAUGAAACCACUAACAAAACUCUAACCAUCUACUUCACAUUGAAGUGGAAAAAUGUUUAAUAGGAGCAACUUUUACUUCAGUGAGGUGAAAGUGCACUAUGAAAACUGUAUGCCUUUGCUGCAUUUGGGAUUUGCUCAGUUACUAGGUAUUCCUUUAAAUGCUACUGUAUUUUACAACAUCAUCACAUAAAAGAAGAUGAAUUAUAUUGUUGUGAAGWCAAGACAGCAGAACCAGUUAUGAGGAACCAACAAAACCAAUCCGCAUUAAGAGCUUUUAAAUGUCUCUUUCACAGGAGAACUUCAGAAUGCACAACUAUCUUCCAAUUAAAUUUAAAAAAAUACAAAAAACUUUGGGAUAUUCAGUUAUUUUUAUGUUUUAAUCAAAUUAUUAAAGACAGUUUUUGUUUGCACUAUUGAAAAACUAUACAGCAAAGAUGCCUUAAUUACUAGUGUUUCAAAAAGCCAAUGUAUUAAGAUGCAAAUAGCUAUUAUGUUCAGAUUGUGAUGAAAAACUACAAAAAUCAGGGUUUCACAUUGUGUAGUUAAUGAAAAUUGCACAUAUACAAAGAUUCAUGUAUGAAAAAUAUUAUAAAUACCUGAAGUUAAGCUUGGAUAAGCAGUUACUGCAAAUGUCAGCAGAAUGGUGAAUUUAUGUCUAACAAAUGUUUUUAUAUUGUAUGUGGAUUUCUAACACAGUAAUCUUGUUCUGUAUCAUUCAAACUACAUGCAAAUAAGUAAAUAUAUUAAAUAUAUCUACUGUUUUUUCUUUUCAAGUUCAAAAAAACUGAUUUUUAGGAUCAUCUCUUCCACAGUACUUUUUAUCAUAGGUAUUUAUGUCUGUUUGAAAUGUUUACAGCCAGCUGAGGCCAUGUUAUUCAAAUCACACCCUUUUUAUACUACCUCCUUUUAAGAAACUGACAAAGAGCUUUUGCAAAAUUGAUCAAGCUCUUGCCUGAUCAAUGAUGGCAAAUUCAUACCAACAACAGCAUUGAGAAUACAGUUAUAAACUCUUUUACUGUCAUGUUGAUAUGCUGUUCUAUUUUAAUUCAAAAGCUAUAUCAUAAUAGCUCUGAGGGAGUCUUAAUCCUAGGCUUUCUGUUGCCUUUUUAAAUUUUGUGAUUAGGAAGCAUGCUUUUUCAGUUAACAUUAUCAAGUGCCAGCUCUUCACUUAAAAGUAUACAUGCACAGCAUGUAUGACCAAAUAGACUUCUUCCUUAAUAAACGAAGUACUUACAAGGGUUGUUUUCAUACCUAGCAUUAAGCAUGUGCACUUUUAUUGACAUAAAAGCAGAGGAGUCUUUUGAUAGCCCCAAGUGGUUUUUGCUUUACUUUAAACUCCUAUAGUGGUCAAUAAUUUUAGGCUUCAUGUUGCUUCAUUUUGUAUUUAGUUUAUGUAUCAAUAUUGCUGACUACUKAAAGCCAGCUAGAAAUCUGUCAUCACAACACGGUGCUUUUGGUUAUUUGACUGUUCUGUAAACCACCAAAGGUUUUGCAUUUCCUAGGGCAGUCAAUAACCAAAUCAAAGAGUUUCUGAGGCAUCCCAAAACUGAGAACUUCAUGGGACAAUCUGGAGACAUGCACAUAGCCAAAUUCUUUUCUCUAGAAUUAUAUAUCAUAUUUCCUGCCCAAAAAGUUUUGAGAUUAGACUUUUUAAAUGUUCUUACUGUCAAUUAAAAAUUUAAAGGAACUAUAGUAUGACAUUAUUCUUGUAUUACUUUUCUGUUGAGCACUUAAAUGUAAAAGUAACAAAGUCUAGCUUCAUCAUUUGGGUAGAAAUUGCUGAAACUCUUAGAUUGUUCCUCAAGGAGAAUACUGUAAAGGUAGUGGAAACUCGGAUUUUUUUUUUUUUUUUAUGUUUUGGGGUUUUUUUAAUAGGCAAAAUAAAGUGGCCUAUUAUUGGCCACUUAUUUGUGAUAAGAAAGCAUAGUUUUAAUUGAUUAAAGGGUUAUUUUAGUACUUAAAAAUCCAGCUUGAAUGUAGGUUUAGAUACAUGGGCUUGUAUCUUAUAUCUUGUACAUGGGCUUAUAGUGAAUUCUGUAUGUGGCCAUAGAGUUACCAAGCCCUAACUGUGGAUGGACAGUGCUGUUGUUUUAGAGGCAAGGUAAGAUUGACUUGAGGAUCAUUAUUGAGGAAUAUCUAAUAAAGUAGUUCUUUUUAACUGCCAAAAGUUGUAUUUUGACAGCAUCAAUGAUACAGUAUUAAACAYUAAGUCAUUAGUAUCUGUGCCUUAUUUUAAAUGAAUUUACUGUUUUCAGGCAGCUACUAGACUAAGAAUAGGACUCAGGUGUCCAUAUGAUGAAUGUUUUUUUCCAUCAUGUUCUUAAGUCGUUUUAACUAUUCACACUAAUAUUCAGGCUCAGCUUCUUCUAUUCACUUUAGUUCUGAAAUGCCUAGGAAUCAAUUUUGCUGCUACAGAAUGUCCUUGCAUAAUAUCUGGUCAAAGUUGGCAUGAGUUAAAUGUCUUAACAGCUUUGUAACUCCACUAAAUCUCCAUACAGCUGUGUAAGUCCACUAAAUCCACARAGUUGUCUCAGUGAAUCUAAGAAUUACGUUUAUGAGCUAUCGUAUGCAUAAAUGCUAACCUUUUUGAUACUUUCUAAAAAUGCUGUUUCUAGUAUGUGUCAAAAGAUCCAGGCAGAAUUAAUCCCUUUCCUGUAAGUCCAUGUGRUGCAGAAGCACGUAUGUAUUUGACCUCCACAAAGCUGUUCUUCAUGUUGGACCACUUGAUAUGAAACUGAUGUCUUUGAAAAACAGUAUGUCUUUUGCUUCAAUGUUCCCUGAAAGUACUUGAGGCUGUUUUGCUGAAGGASUACUUCUUUUAAGUGUGACCCAGGAUUUGCCCAUCCCCUAAACUGAAAUUGAAGAAUUCUUCUGGCAAACUGUCUCUUUUUGCACAGCUGAAAAAAAAGUCCAAUAUUUUAUCAGUUUAAGUAGCCAAGUACUGAUAGCUUACUGAAGAGUGGAGGUGAAAAAAGCUAUCCCAUUAAUUAGUUGGGUGUGAGGAAGUCUUAAUGAUUAUGUAUGUCCCUGCUUUGAAGGAGCUAUGCCCAUUUCUCAGGAAAGAGUCCUCUGUUCUUGUAUCACACAGGAACUGCAGUUCCAGACUACUUAAUAAUGCUUACAGAUUGUUGCUGGUAUUAAAAAAAAAAAAUAGCAUCAGCCCUCCAGGAGCUUACCCUUUGCAGUGAGAUAUAAAUAAAAUUAUUUCUCCCUCCAUAGGCUGCUUUAUAAUAGGCUGCAGUUUUAACACUUGAGGUGCAGGAGGGAUGGGAGAGUAGGAAAGGAUGAGGUACGUGUGCCCUGUGCUGAGUGACAUCAGCCCCACUGCAUGAUACCAUAUGUAUCUUAAAGCAGGCUCUAUUUUCUUUUUUCUGGCGUCUGAAGUAGGCAGGUUUAGAGUCAAAGGUCUUUAUGCAUUUUGCAUUGAAGAGAUAAAGGUUUUGAAGAUGGGUGCUACAGUGCUAAUUGGUGAUUUUUUUYYUUUUUUUCUUGAGAGAGUGGACAUUGUUGUAUGUGGAAACUGGAGAGUAUGUUAUGUGAAGCUUWCAUUUUAGACUAGCAGAUUGUUGCUUUUGCCAGUUCAUCUUGCCAGAUCUUCCAGUUCUACAGAAGACUGAAUGUCUGUCUUAGUGUGGAGUUUUGCAGCUAUUUUUUUUGUGCCUGGUUUUCUGGUGCAGAGUAAAACUGGUGGUUCACAGUCAGCUAUUUCAUGAUACAAAACCAUGCAAAUUAUGGUACUGGUGUGAAGUUAUUCCAGCUUUGCACGAUGCAAAUGCUAAAGUUUAUGACAGCAGUUGAUUCUUUUGAGGUGAACUUUAKAUUGAGCUGAUGCUGCAUUAGUGAAGGAGAAAAAAAAAAAAAUUAAGCAGUUUUCAAUAGCCUUGGCAAAAGCCAGACAGUGUAGUCUAAUUUUUGCCUUUAGUCUACCAUCCUACACACAGUAAUCAUUGUAUGCUACAGAUAAAGAUUCAGAGAAAAUAGAUUGAACAUGCUUGUUAUUAGUGCUUAUAUUAUCAUUCUUUAAACAAUUUAUGUUUAUUCCAURAGUUAAAUGGCUUGUUUUAUGUCUCAGAAUGAGACUGAAUGCAACUAUUUUUCUCCCCCUUUCCACAUGUAUUCUUUAGCACUUAAUGAUGUUAUUUAUUGCUCAUCUACUUUCAAUAUACUGAGAGUGUUUCUUGUUAGAGCUGGGGAGGGGAAGAUGGAAUUCUAGACAAAGCAUAGGGCUGGCUAUUUAACACAAUUCAAUUUGAGGUUAUUGUGAAAAAUUCCUAUCUUUAAAACUUUUCACUCAAAUUUUGUUAAUACCUGUGAAUUGAAGUGUGCACUCACAGCUGCAAGUUUGACUUUGAAAUUGGUUGGAAAAAAAUAAAGUGUUUUCAUUCUAAAUAAUCAUAGCUGCAGUAUUGUUUCUGUUCUCAUUUUUUGCAUUGAGUACUAAGCUGGACUCUGAUUCUAACCUGUCUUAAGGGAAGCAGGAGGUGUAGCACUGUCCCUUAAAGGGAUAAAAUGAAAAUACUUACAUCRUCUUCAACUAUUGCAGGCCAGGGUAUUUUUGUUUUUCUGCUGUCUGGAAUUUUGUAGUAUGUCUCUAUGUAGACUGUGGCUGCUGAUCACAUUGCUGUAAAAUGAGAUCUGCCACUUUCAGCUUGAGUGUGUUCCRUAGUGCUUCUGAUUCAUACGGAUCACUGCUUCACUUCAGGCAGUCAUUAUGUUGAGCRCUGUAGUGUGGAUGAGCAACUAAGUGUUGCGGUCUCAAACAUCUUUCUUUGCU